AUCAUCCCCAUCAUCCCGAAUCAUCCCUCACCUAAGCUUUGUUUCUUUCUUUCUCCUCUUUCUCUGUUUGAAUCCAUCUGCAAUUGAAAAUAUUGGAUUCAAGCAAAUCCCAGAUUACAAAAACCCUAAUCCUAUGUGAUCUUCAACGAUUUAAUCCUACCCUUCAAAUCAAAAUCUGAAAUUUAUUCAAAACUCAAUCAUGAAUUCAUCAUUAUCUCAACCUUAGAAAAAAGGAAAGGAAACGAAAGAAAGAAGCCACCUUUUCUUCCCGUUGCAGUCUCAUCAAAGCCAAAACAGUAUCCCUCCUGGGAGAGGAAGAGAGACACGGAGAUUGGAGAAAUAAAGGGGAAAUGCCAAGCGUAGCCGUGAAGUUGUACAGUGUGUUCUUUAAGUUCUUGUUGAAGCAUCGUUUGCAGAACCGGAUCCAAAACCAGGCGGAAGACACUGCGAACCCUUUCGGGGUUACUACCAGACCGGAAGAAUCGGUGGCGGCCCCGAACCCUUCUUUCACCGAUGGCGUCGCCACCAAGGAUAUCCACAUCGACCCAUUUACAUCUCUCUCUGUCCGGAUCUUUCUACCCGAAUCCGCUUUAUCCCCGCCGGAGCUAUCUGAGCCAAAAUCUGGACCCAGAUCCGUUCAGUCUGAUAACAACUUUUUGAAUUCGAGGAGAAACAGUUACGGUCCUCCCAAUUUGGGUGUCACGAAAGAAGAUUCUAGAAGAAACAGUUUCGAGGCUGUGAACUUGAGAUCCGAGAAUGUGUACCGAGGUUACUCGCCCUCUGUGCAGAAUUGCAGGAAAUUGCCGAUUAUGUUGCAGUUCCAUGGGGGUGGGUGGGUCAGUGGCAGCAACGAUUCGGUCGCCAAUGAUAUCUUUUGUCGGAGGAUUGCGAAACUGUGUGAUGCUAUCGUGGUUGCUGUGGGAUAUAGGCUGGCGCCGGAGAAUAGGUACCCUGCUGCAUUUGACGACGGGUUGAAAGUGUUAAAUUGGCUGGGGAAGCAGGCGAACUUGGCAGAGUGUAGCAAGUCUAUGGGGAUCUCCCGAGCAGGUGGGGUAGAGUCUAAGAGGUUAGAUGGACACCGGUAUGUUGUGGAUACUUUUGGGGCGUCCAUGGUAGAGCCUUGGUUAGCGGCACAUGGGGAUCCCUCAAGAUGUGUUCUACUUGGGGUGAGUUGUGGAUCAAACAUUGCAGACUAUGUGGCUCAGAAAGCUGUGGAAGCAGGCAGCCGUCUGGACCCUGUUAAAGUUGUCGCCCAGGUCUUGAUGUAUCCAUUUUUCAUAGGAAGUGUUCCCACACAUUCUGAAAUAAAGUUGGCAAACUCUUACUUUUUUGACAAAACCAUGUGUAUACUUGCAUGGAAACUCUUUCUGCCUGAGGAACAAUUCAGCCUGGAUCACCCAGCUGCCAAUCCUCUUGUCCCAGGCAGGGGGCCACCUCUAAAGUUCAUGCCACCAACAUUGACGGUGGUAGCAGAACAUGACUGGAUGAGAGACCGAGCAAUAGCUUACUCAGAGGAGUUCCGGAAAGUAAAUGUUGAUGCACCUGUUCUUGAGUACAAAGAUGCAGUCCACGAAUUUGCAACCCUUGACAUGCUUCUAAAGACCCCUCAGGCCCAGGCCUGUGCUGAGGACAUUGCCAUAUGGGUCAAGAAAUACAUUUCAAUUCGAGGUCAUGAGUUCUCUUAUUAGGCAUGAAGUAUCAAAUUCAAAAGAAAAAGGAAUUCAUGAAAGAAGAUUUCUAUUGCACAGUUAGCAACAAUUUAUGGAUGGCUGCCAUUUCGUGUGGAUUUGGGAAGAUGUAUUGUAUUUGUCCUUCUAGCUAUUGCAGCUGCUGGCUGUUCGUCAGUUCUCAUGCUUUCCCCCUUUCUCCUGUUUUACAUUUUUGUAAGAUAGAACUUUUCUCGGAGUAGAUUAGUGCGUUGUGACUUGUGAGAUGAAAUUACCUACGGUAUGAAUACUGCACCCUACUUUCGGAUGCUAACAGAACAUUUUUUCCCUGUGUAUUAAAACAUACUAUUUCUCAUGAAUAGAGGUUUUCAUUUUUUUUUUUCCCCAUAAAUCAAGUUAAUCAAGUUUAAUCCUCUCAUAUCCCUCUUGUUUUUCAGCUUAGAUUGUUUGUUUACUUUAACAAUGUUCUUUGCAAUGCUUAAAGCAGGAAGGCAGGAGAGGAGAUGGGGAUGUUGCCUUUAUUCAUUGUGGCAGAUGGCUAUGGUAAUGGCAUCACCAUAUCUGAAGCCAGUUUUCCUGUGAGCUGUUUUGGUUGCUGGACUGUGGAGGAUUCAUGAUGAACAAGGACAUCUCGUUGUUCUCGACACAUCGUAGCUACUUAGAUUGGAUAGGUUUGGUAGGCAGAUAAGAUGCAAAACUUUAAAAUUCAGAAAUCCAGACGGAAGCAACUUGUGUCAUGCUUCUCGGUAGGGCUUGUAUGUUGUCGGAAUCUUACUUUGUUUUGCCCUAUGUUUUAACAAGAAAUAAUUGUAUCUUUUUUCUUCUUUUUGAAAUUAGAAUUGAAAUCCCCUCAUUUCAUUAUCUCAUGUAUAAAUAUCUAUACAAGGC